UGGGCUAUCCUCGGCCAGUCGCGGAGGUCUUCGGGUGGCAGAAUUCGCGGCUUGCAUGUCGCGGUGUGAGUGAACGCGAAGCGCGCCCCGCCCUCGAGCCUCGCUCUCUCGUCUUCUCUUUGGCCUCCUCUCCCACCACCUGCUCGCCUCACGCAAAAAAGUCCACUUCUUUUUUCUGAUUCUGAUGGAUUCCCGCGGCCCCGCGACUCAAUCAUUCUGUCCCGACGCCGAGAGCAACCGAUGUGUUCGAUCCCAUAAUCUAAUCUCAAGUUGAUGGGCUUUUUAAUCAAUCAAUAUACGCAGUGGAAUCCAACACGCAUCUUGGGAAGCUGGUCAACCGGUCCUUCUUCUCCUCUAUAUCUUCCUCCCAUCCGUGCCCUCCCAACCACGGACUCAGCCGAAACCUCCUUCAGGCUCCCAGAAACCCUGUAACGCAACUUCAGGUUGGCAGUCCCUGCACAGCGUCUCCUUUUCGUCUGCGCAUUUUCCAUCAUCAGAUUACGUCUCGGAAAGCUAGAAUUUUGCUCGCUAUGAUAAAUGUUUCCGACUCAAAAUUUCAUGUGCCUAUAGAAGGAAUGGUAUUCUGGCAAGGUUUACUUGUAUGUCGUAUUUCUAGUUAUCGGAAUCAAGGAAAGCUCCUCCUGGCUACCACUUCGAUCUGUUAGAGCGAUAUACCAUGGGGCAAGCAGGGCAUCUCCAUCGUGUAAUGAUGCGUGUGAUUUGAGUUGAUGGAAGCAGUGAAGGUGUCUCUUAAGAAAUCAGGUGUUGGGACUGUUCUUGCUGGAUCUUACCCGUGGGUUCAUUCGUUAAGCAGAAGACCCCCCUUUAGUUGGCAGGUUAUGUGUGUUUUUGAGUACAAGUGUAGAAAAUUCUGUCAUCUCAAGAAAAAUGGGAGCAGAAAUUUCUCUUGAAGAAAGAGCCAGGCACAACCAUCAAUGCACGAGAAGCCUCCCAUUUCUAUGUUCUGAGAAAAUGGAGGAAUUUGAGAAAAGUCCCAAAUCUUCAAGUGACCUCAAUGUCAGCUUUGGCUACCAGUGCAGUGCCUAUCAAAGCAGUCUUUGUUCUUCUGAAGUUAAUUAUAAGUUUGAACUCUCUUCUGGUGUUAAUAUCCAAGAAUCUAACAUCAACAAGAUGCGGAAUAGUUCUUUCUCUUGUUUGUCUGGUGCUGCGCUCAGUGCAAAUCAUACCUUGGCAAACACAAAUAUAUGCAAUGGUGUCAUUGGAGAGGAGAUUUUACCUGAGCUAGAUUCACCGCAGUCUUUCAAAAGGGUGUUAUCUUCUGCAUCUCUUUCAAGGCUGGACUUGCAUUCACCAUCUUCUCCCUCUGACAGUGGCACACUUGAAGGGGUUCGAUCAUCGAGCUUUUUAAAUGCUAUGGAUGUACAAAUGGCUGGUGGAGCAGCCGGGGAAGACCGCGUACAAGCAGUAUGUUCUGAAGAGAAUGGAUGGCUCUUCUGUGGAGUAUAUGAUGGUUUUAAUGGACGGGAUGCUGCUGAUUUUUUAGCUGGAACACUUUAUGAAAACAUAGGCUAUAACCUAUUCCUGUUGGAGUGCAAGAUUAAUCAACAAAAUAAUGAGAAAAAUGUUCAACAUCCAUCCGGAGGACGCACCACUAAAAGUGAGCUGUCUUUGGCCAUCGAGAGCUUAAACAACAAGUUGAAGCCAAACUUGUCACUGAAUUCUACAGAAGAAUGCUCAACUGAGUCAUUUCGGCUUGGUGUCCUGAAUUGCCUUACUAGCGCCUUAGUCCAAGCUGAAAAUGAUUUCAUGUAUAGGGUUGAGCAAGAAAUGGAUGAUCGCCCUGAUCUAGUUUCUGUUGGCUCUUGUGUCCUAACGGUGCUUCUUCAUGGGAUGGUCUUGUAUGCUAUGAAUCUAGGAGACAGUAGAGCUGUGUUGGCUACAAGUAGUCUCAUUAAAGAUGAUCCACCUCGAGCUAUUCAAUUAACUGAAACUCAUACACUUGAUAAUGAGGAGGAAUAUAGAAGAAUUUUAGCUGAUCAUCCUGAUGAUCCUUCUCCCGUAACUGGCGGAAGAGUGAAAGGAAAGCUGAAGCUUACUCGUGCAUUUGGUGUUGGUUAUUUGAAAAAGAGAAAUUUAAAUGAUGCUCUCAUGGGAAUUCUUCGUGUUCGUGACUUGCGUAGCCCACCAUAUGUUUAUACUCAUCCAUUCACCACAAGCCACGAGGUUUCGGAGAAUGACUUGUUUGUUGUUUUGGGAAGUGAUGGAUUGUUUGAUUUCUACACAAACGAUGAAGUUGUGCAACUGGUUCAUCAGUUUAUAGAGGAUCAUCCAUUUGAUGAUCCAGCAAAGCAUUUGAUUGAGCAGCUUUUGCUAAGAGCUGCAGAAAAUGCAGGUCUUACGACUGAAGAACUGAUGAACAUUCCUCUUGGGAGGAGGAGAAAGUAUCAUGACGAUGUUACUGUCAUCGUGAUCAUUCUAGGUAAUAAGCAAAGAACUUCAAAGGCAUCCACAGCAAUUUAGAUGAGCAUUUUAGCAUGUUAGUGUACGUUACUAUUAUCCUCGAGACAGUUUGACGGAGAAGCUUUAGCUGAUGAAUAAAUGUUGUCGUUGCGUCUAUAUCAAGAUGUCUGGCGAUUAGUGCCCUGUUGCCCUGUUAAAUGGUCUCAUGCUCGAUACAUGUUACAAGUAUCGCAAGUAUUGCUUUGUUUUCCAAGACAAGUUAUCCAUUGGUAUUUAGUCUUUGUUAGUCCA